AUGGAUGCUCUAGACCGCGCUGGGAUGGACUAUAGUCUCUCGCCCAUUAUCACGGCAGGUGCAAAUGCUGCAGAUGUAUUUUCUAUGGUUCUUCGAAAUGGUUCAAGUUACCGGGACAGAUUGCAUGAGUUCUUGGAUCUAUGCCUAAAGAAAUCCAAGGAUAUCGUCUUCGCCACAGGGGUCGGAGGACUUGAUACACAUUUACUUUAUUAUGCCGUCAGCGAGGGCCAUUAUGAAGUUGUGGAAUAUCUUUUGUCCGCCAAAGUGAGUGAAUUGGUCGAAUCAUUGGAUAUUCAGUGCGGAGAAGGUCAGACAUGUCCCGGCGCGUAUAAUGCGAGUGAUAUCAACCGACCAGCCAGAGGGGAUCGCCGCACACCCGUACUGGAAGCGAUUCGAUGGAAUCGGAAACACAUUGUCGAGACUCUGGUUGCAAGCGGCGCUGACCCGAAAGCAGCAGCGAGGAAUCCUUUCAGCGCAAAGGAAAUGAACUGGACAGGGCUUCAUAUCUUCGCUGCUGCCAGCCACGACGAAAAUCAUUCAGAAUUAGUAUCUUUCCUAAUCCAAGCCGGCCUGCCGAUCGAUGGGAUCCCUAACAGCCCAGACGGAACGCAGCAAUCCCCAGAAACACCGUUCCUCGUUACUAUACAGCAUAAUGCCUUCAAUUUAGCCACCACGCUUCUGUAUUUUGGUGCAAACCCUAAUGCCUUGCAGACUAGUGCUGGCUUUUUCUCCCUGGAACAUCCCACAACUGUUCUUGGACAUAUAGUUGCCUCUUCGUCACAACACACUAUACCUCGGCUCAGAUAUUUGCUUGAGACAUGUCCGAAAAGCGGCGCCAUUGACUUCAUCGUGGAACCGACUCGAGGAUUGAGCGCGCUGCAUCGUGCCGCCUGGGCCCAUAAGGGACAUAAUGUAUCGAACGCCAGAUGCGGGGCAACGCAAAUACCUCCCCCGUGA